CAGGCUCCCGGCUGCGGCCCCUUACCGCCGGCCUCUACUGAGAGACCGAGAGGGGUUGGGGCUCUGCCGGCGCCGCCCCGGAAGUGGCGUGGGGGAUGGCGGCGCAGGGGAUCGGCGGUCGCUGCUCCCCGGCGCUGCCGCUGCUGCUGCUCGGUCUUGCCGCUCUCGCUCUCCCGCCACCGCCCGCCGCCGCCUCCGAGCCGCCGCCCCCUGCCCUCUUCGCCGGCCACGCCGCCUCCUCGCUGCCCGCCGCCGCCGCCGCCCCGCGCACCAGAUAUCUUUUGUAUGAUGUAAACCCCCCUGAAGGGUUCAACCUUCGCAGAGAUGUCUAUGUUCGCAUUGCUUCCCUUCUGAAGACCCUGCGGAAAAGCGAAAACUGGGUGUUGGUUAUGCCUCCCUGGGGCCGUCUUUAUCACUGGCAGAGCCCUGACAUCCUCCAGGUCCGGAUCCCUUGGUCUGAAUUCUUUGAUAUCCCAAGCCUCAACAGGAACAUUCCUGUCAUUGAAUAUGAGCAAUUCCUUGCAGAGUCAGGUGGGCCGUUUAUUGAACAGAUUUAUGUGCUCCAAGGCUACGCAGAAGGAUGGAAAGAAGGAACAUGGGAAGAAAAAAUAGAUGAAAGGCCAUGCAUUGAUCAGCUGAUGUACUCCAGAGACAAGCAUGGCUACUACAGGGGCUGGUUCUGGGGUUAUGAGGAAACACGAGGCCUAAACGCCUCUUGCUUGUCUGUCCAAGGAUCUGCCUCUAUUGUGGCUCCUAUCCUUCUGAAGAACACUUCAGCACAGUCAGUGAUGUUAGACAGAGCUGAAAACCUUCUUCAUGACCACUACGGAGGGAAAGAUUAUUGGAAUACCCGUCGGAGCAUGGUGUUUGCUAAACACCUCCGCAUAGUAGGAGAUGAGUUUAGGAAGAAAUACCUUCAAUCCACCGACGAGGUAGACAGGACUCAGUACAAGGAGGACUGGACACAGAUGAAGGUUAAGACUGGCACAGCUCUAGGUGGCCCAUACCUUGGGGUUCACCUCAGAAGGAGAGACUUCAUUUGGGGUCACAGAGAAGACGUGCCUUCCCUGCAAGGAGCAGUAAAGAAAAUCCACAGCCUAUUGGAGAGGCUUAAACUUGAAAAAGUUUUUGUAGCCACUGAUGCUGUUGAGGAAGAGAUUGAACUGCUCAAGAAACUGCUGCCCGAGAUGGUGAGGGUUGAAGCCUCUCUGGAGGAGCUGGAACUCUAUAAGGAUGGGGGCUUGGCUGUGAUUGACCAGUGGAUUUGUGCACAUGCAAGGUAUUUUAUAGGCACCUCUGUUUCAACAUUUUCCUUUCGAAUCCAUGAGGAACGGGAGAUCUUGGGAUUUGAUCCAAAAACAACUUACAACCGAUUCUGUGGUGAAACAGAGAAAAACUGUGAGCAGCCUACUCACUGGAAAAUUGUAUAUUAAGCACAGAGAAACACAAAGGUUUCAACACUGUUAGAGUUCAAAAUAAUAAGGAAAAAUGAUGGGGAAUUAUUUGCCUUGGAACAAAGUAUGACCCAGUCCUGUACUCUCAGCUCCUGCUCCCCUUCCAACAUGGGUGUGACAUGGGGUAGCUGUACACUCCAGUGUCUCUGGACCUCACAGCAUUUCUAUGUGGCUGCUGCACCUGGGUCCCCAGUAUGUCCUGCUCUGGUUGCCUUCAUUGAGUGGUCCCAUGUCGCACUUUAUUAGCAAUGGUGAUGGUGACAACACAGACUCUAAAGCUUAUUUGCAAAAGAGAGCGUGUUUUAUUCUUCAAGAUCCUUUUUUAUAGACAGUUCCGAAAGGGUCCGAUGGGGUAAACUUUCAUUGGCCAUCAAACCAACACAUCACCGUCAUUGGACAGUUAGGAACAGUGCCCCUCGACUGUUUCUUGCAAGUAAGCAACGAGGAGGCAAACAGCACCAGCAAAGGUUUCUCAGGCCACGCUUUCUUGGGCCAAUGUGGGAAAGUUAUGUGACUUAGUUUCACACAGAUACUAUGCUACCUGCCUGAUCUUUUGCAUUUAACAUCUACAGUCCCACGUGCACCAAGUGGGUUGCUACAGCCCACAGGGGCCUCUUGGCUGCAGAGCUGGAUGAUGGGAGGCAGCAAAGCAAUGCCCAGGAUGUGGCUGUUGAAACCAGCCUCACCUGCUGGAGCCUAUCUUUCUUACCUGUCCAUGGUUCUCUCUGUGGGUCUGUGGUCAUUUUUUAACUCCAGGGUUGGGGGACCUGGCCAUGUCACCAGGAGUGCUCGUGCUGGGAGCACCAGUCUCUAGCUAGGGAGGAACCAAGCUGCCACCAAAAUAAAAGAGGGGGGUGUGGGUGUGGAGGUGGGGGUGGUGCUGCUCCCACUCCAAGGCAAGAGCCUGCAAGGCCCAUCCUUUGGGGACUCACCUUUCAUGUGAAGGCACAUUGCCUAGCGGAGAAGGAGGUUGGUACCUGGUGGAGCAGGGCCAAGAUUCCAUUUUCCCAAGGCAGCUCCCUGCUCUGCCUGCUGCAGCACUGGCCAGGGCUGGGAGAGGAGGGUGGGUGUGUUCAGCACUGCUGCUGGAAUGGGGGCAGAGCUGGUGGCCCUCUCAGGAGAGGGUCCUGGUUGCUUCAGGGCCUUGCUUCUCCACUGCUUUGUGUCCACAAAGGAAAGACAUGCAAGAUGGCAGCACCACCACCACAGCCCUGUACCCAGGAGUUCAUCAAACUCUUCAAAGUGGUUGCAAAACUCAGCACCACUGCAGAUCUACAGAACAGCAUUUUAUCCACAGGGAGCGUCUGACACUCAUUGCCCAUUAUGGGUCCAGAGGAGUUCAAGGGCUCAUUUUACAUCUCCACAAGUGGGGCCAGAACCACACGUACCACAACACCAGAUUCUCACAGUGUACCAAUAGAAACAGACAUUUAAUAACAUUAUUUCUUAGAGAACUGUUGUGGAUGAAAUCAAAUGCGAAGAAAAAGCCUAAGUGUAAAAAUCAAGAUGUUGGUGCAAACUGAUACAGUAUUUCUGCUUUCGAGCUCACCAGGUGUAUUCUUUCCUCCUUCCCUUCUUCUGUGAGACCCCUGUAAUUUCAUUACAUUUGUCUUUUGUCAUCUAUUUUUAGCUGAAUAGUACUGAUGGUGUCAGUCAUACCGUGUCCAGGAUUCAUCUCUAAGUCAGCCGUGCUGCUCAGACCUCAGCGCAUCAGGGAGUAACGUGCAGCUCCUGGUGCUGGUGAUCCCAAUUGCAGCGAAGUUUCAGGCGAGGGUUUCAAGUGUCCCCUUGCUGCUGGGUGGGUCCUGCAGUGCCCCUUCAUCACUAUUGAGAGUCCCUCCAGCUGAGGUAUCAGGCUGCUGGACUGGGCUUUCCAGUGAGAUCCAGCUCCAAACAGAAUUUGGGAAAUAGCCUCCAAAAUGUUUUAGGAUCAUACCUCUGAAAUGGCUCCAAAGGGCAGCAGCUCCAGCACAAAUCUGUCCCAGCCCUGUCUCACUGACACACACACAAGAAGCCAAGUGGGCUGGGCUUCUUGCUCCUCUGCCGCCUCCUCCAGCUCCCACCCGAGAGAAAUGGAGGGAAACACAGAAGCAUCGGGGCAGAACAGUCGGCUGAGCUGCCUGAGCCUUUCUCCCGCAUCUUGUGGGUGGAGGCUUGGGCUUUUUGGGCAGAUGGUGCCCCUGGGAGCUCGAGGCUCGUUUAAACUUGGUGCACGAUUUGAUGAAGACAGGCUGGGAGAGGACUUUGUCUUGCUGCUGUACUGGGGAACGGAAUGGGAGGUUCCUGCAAAGUCUCCAUGGAAGUUGGAAUGUCUGAGGAUAUUGGUGUACUAGUUCUCAGGGAUGAACCUCGCUCCUGGCUGUCUGUAGAUGCAUGUAUAGUGUAGGAGUAUAAUGGGCUCAUGGGGGAGACUUCUCUGAGCCAGGCUGCUCUUGGGAUAAGCAGUUUAUUAUGUGGUGGAAGAGAUCCGUUUACGCUGCCAGCCAGAGUGUAAAUGUGCUCAAAGGGGGAGAGAGAGAGAGUGGAAAGAGGAGGUCAAGAGCAUGAGAGCGGUAGGUAAUUAUGGGGGUAGAGAGAGAAGGGCAAGGGGGGAAAUUAAGAAAGAUUAAGAGAGCGAAGUUCUUGUUACAAUACAUUACAUCUUUUUCUAUGGUGAAUCUUCUCAUUCCCAGUAACUAACCAGUACGUGACACACAUUCUAUAGAAUUUACAUAUAGCCUAUAAGAACUAGUACACUACAUAAAGUGUUACAUUUUAAACUCUAAAAGCUAUUCUUUAAAUUCUUCUCUUGCUGCUUCGACCUUUGGAUUCACUGUCAGCAGAAGGGUAUUGUUCAAUCAACAGGGAUUCUCCUUCAGCUGGCUAGGCUGUUCUUUGGUUAUAUAGUGACUAGCGCUCAGUAUCCUAUAGGUCAAAGCUAGUUUUCAUUUCUGUUUUGAUUAUAGGUUUCAUAUUUUUCAGAAUCUUUUGCUAAACAAUCAUAUUUAUAAGGUUUCCCUGUUUCAUCUUCUCUAACAGUAUAGAACAUGCUGUUUUAUUUUUUGGCAUGAUUUCCUAUGUGUAAUUGGUUUUUUGAGUCAAGAUAACAUCAUGGAGAGGCUUGUUUGUAUUUGAGGUAGAAUGAAAUGAAAUCUCUUUUUUUAAUAGACUUUUAAUCUGUAUUAUUGGGAUUUUAUUUUUGUUUCUUGUAUACAGAGCUUCAGAUUGGCUAGGGCCAGCCAGCUUGGCUGCUGGAGUCUGGCAUGUUAAUUUAUUUAGAUGGCUUUUGUUAGAUGCAGUUUUUAAUUUUUGAAGGUUUUUAAUUA